UUUUGAACGCUGUCCGGCCGUCCCGCCCCCUGGGUCCCCCCGGCAGAGAGAAGGCGGAUCCCAAAUUUCUCCCCAGGAAACAAAUUCAAAAAAAUCCAUCUCAUCAACCGACCAUAAUCCCGGUUGUUUUUCUCUCUCUCUCCUCUCUGUCUCUGCCCGUCUGUUCCCCUCUCGGUUGAGAAUUUCAUUCGUCGAUGGUCGCUCCUGAUUCGAUCUGCUCAACUUCUUCCUUUUGUUUUCGAUCCUUCCACUUGACUUUCCAACUCAACGUUUCAGGCCACCUAAUCUUUUUCCUUUUCUUUCUGUUCUCUUCUUUAUAAAAUUGUAAUCCAAUCCCCAGACUUUCUCCAAGGGUGAUCGCCUUGAUAAUCGAGAGUUUGGCUUGCGACCCCCGCCGUUUCGGCUUCUCUUUUGUUUCCUUUCGCCUAUUUCCGAUCGACCCAUCUCCUCACCCCCUUCUCCCUCUCUCUCAUCCCCUUCUCUCUCUCUCUCAUCCCCUUCUCUGCCUGUGAAAUUUCACGAUUGAUAGCGAGUUUUGGGUUGUUGUCUGUGCUUGCUUCUGCCCGGUGGGCAGGCCUUCAUCUACAUGAUUGGAUGAAGGACAGGAUCAAGCUCAAUGUUGGGGGCAGGAUAUUCGAGACGACCACCACCACACUGGCCAACGCCGGCCGGAAUUCGUUGUUCGGCGCUAUGUUUGACGACCAAUGGAACCCUAGAGGACCGAUGGACGGCGGACAGAACGAGUACUUCAUUGACCGGAAUCCCGCUUGCUUCUCCGUGCUGCUUGACCUGCUGCGCACCGGCGAGCUCCAUAUCCCGGCCAACCUACCGGAGCAUCUCCUCUACCGGGAGGCCCUGUACUACGGGCUCCUGGAUCACGUCCGGGCAGCCAAGUGGGGCGAGUUCGACGGCAACCGUGUGAAGCUGGCGACCUCUGUACGCGGGCGGGCGCCAGGGGACGGCACGGCCAUCCGCGCCGGCCCCGACGGCGGCUGCGUGGUGGCGCACGGCAGUAUGGUUCACGUUUAUAGCUGGACUAUGGAGCAGCUUCCUCCGCUCAAUCUGAAUUACCAGAGAAUCAAUGAUAUGGGGUUCGUUGACGCCCACCGAGUGGCCGUCUGCGCCUGCGAGAGGAUCGAUCGAGGCGACGGCGGGAUGGGGAUGUUCAAUUCAUCCACCGGUGAGCUCCUCUACAAGUUUCAGGUAAGUCACGAGAACCAGCCGAAGAGUUUCUCCGCUGGGGCGCUCAGCUUCUCCCCGGAAUCUGGCCAGAUCUUUGCAAGUUGCAGAGGCCGGAGCAAUGAGUAUGGAAUUGGGGUAUGGGACGGAUACACUGGGAAGCAGACGGACUUCUAUUAUGAGACGGCCGGCUGGUCCAUCGGCGACUCCGGCAGGCUUCAGUGUCUCCCUACCACCAACCUCCUCUUCGUCGCUACUCUCUACCCGAGAACGGAGAAUUGCUACAUCCAAUUGCUGGAUUUCAGGGAGAAGAAGGCUGUCUGGUCGUGGUCUGACGUUGGGUGGCCGGCGACCAUCGACGAGAAGAUGGUGCUAGACGCCAUCGUCAUGGAGGACGGCAACUCCAUCUGUGUGGUCAACCAGUACGACGAUCUGGGGUUCAUGGAUCUCAGAAGCAACGGAGGAAGCGUCAGGUGGAGCACGAGGAGCAGGCUGCUGAAGAUGGGCAACGCCGAUGAGAGGUGCUACCCAAAGCUGGCUACCCAUGGGGGGCAGCUCUUUGCAUCCACCAACGACAGCAUCUCAGUUUUCUGUGGGCCGGAUUGGGUUCUUACCUCACGGCUGAGGAGAAGCCAUGGAGGAUCAAUCUGCGAUUUCUCCAUUGGUGGGGAUCGUCUCUUUGUUCUCCACAAUGAAGAGGAUGUGUUCGACGUGUGGGAGACUCCUCCCUUGAGAGCUCUGUCAUGACAGCUGCCUUAUCAUCUUCCUCUUCUUUCAGGAAUUAAUGAUUUGGGGGAGCUGAAUGAUGUUCCUCUUGUAAUUGCAUGUUCUUGUAACUUUCACAGUUGGUAAGCAUAGACAUGUAGCUUCUUUUUUUUUUCACCCUGCUGUAGCCAAAAGGAGAACAGGUGCAGAUGCUUGGGUUUUUACACAAUGAGCUAGAGUUGUAAUUCAGGAAUGAUCAUGUAACUAUGAAUGGAUUUGUGGAAGGCUUGUUUGGCAUUUAAUAGCAUCUUCAUUUUUUUC